AUGUCUAAUCAAAAAUGGACGGAAGGUCUAUCCGAUGAACGGAUUACAGUAUUAAUGGCGCCAUUCAAAAAUCGGUCUGUAAACGAAGUGAAUUAUGACAACAAAAUGAAAUUCUGGAAAAAUACAAUUGUAUCUGAGUGUGACCGUAGGCACCGUAGUUCAUUUUCUGUAAACGAAUUGAAAACAUGGUUCUUGUUCAGGGGACGAUCGCCACUAUGUUUACUGAUAGUUGUCGAGGACAUGUUUAGAGAAGGUAUCAUAAAAUCCCAAUCAAAUUUUGAACAAAUGACGUCUCAAAGCAACAGUAAUUGGUCAAAUUGGGCAGUAAACACCUUAGUAAAAGGUCCAUUAUCAUGGUCUGUUGGUAGAAUUAAAGAAUCUAUUUUACCUCCUACUCCUGCUAUUGACGAAAAAUCAGAAUAUGUAGUUUUACAUCUGGUUGAGAAUCAAGCUAAUGAACUAUUUAACACUAUUUCUGUGAAUGAUCAAUCGCAAAUCCUUUUCAUGGACGAUAUACAAAAAAGACUUAAUAAGAUGUGGAACGCUGAAGUGUCAAUGACUUCUACUGAACUUAUAGUGCACUCAUUGGAAAUUCGGAAUAAAGUUUUUGUAGAACGCGGUGAACAUCUAGUGACCAACAAAACAUUAGUUAAAAUUGCAAGUGGUGACAAAGAUGUUGAACCCAUUUCUGAAUUAGAAAAGAAUUUUUUUAAAUUAAAAGAAACCGAGAAGAUAUUAAUUGGUGAAAUUAGCAAUAUGGAUUUUGAAAAAGAAUCUUUAGUCAAAGAAGCUAAAAGUUACAUAGCCAAAAAUAUGAAACCUAUUGCACUAACGUACUUGCGAAAAAAGAAAGAAAUUGAAAAACGAAUAGAAAAACAGCUGAAAUCACUUGACAACGUGCAAGCUUUAAUUUCAAGAAUAGAAGAAUCUAAAUACAACGCCGAAGUAUUGCAAUCGUAUGCUCAUGGACUUGCAGCUUUAAAACUUUCGUCUAAGGAUUCUGGUCUCACAAUUGAUAAUGUUGAUGAAACAAUGGCAGAAUUAGCAGAAGUCAUAGAUGAACACAAAGAUAUGCAAUCAGCAAUGGGCAGUUUAGUCGAUGUUAAACAAAAGUAUAACGAACAAGAAUUAGAAGAUGAACUGGCUGAUCUUUUGAGUAAAGAUGAACCAGCCGCAUCAAACACAGGAAAAUAUCUCAUUCCAGACCUACCAAUUGUACCGGACAACAGUUUGGAAGGCGAAGAAUUGGAUCUCGACCGAAGAUUCCAGUUGUUGAGAGAACAUUAA